CUCUAUCCUACCACAACCAGGCAGCAGUGCUGAACUGCUAUCUAUCUCAUUGGUGACCCCCCCACUAUCCUUUAUCAGACUGUACUGGCUUUACCUUGCACGAAACGUUAUUCCCUUGUCAUGUAUCAUUUAUACAGUGUAAAUGAAUCGAUUAUAAUCAUGUAUCGUCUUUCUGUUGACUGGUUAGCACACAACAAAUGCUUUUCACUGUACCUCAAUAAACUGUGCACGUGACACAUAAACUAAACAGAACUGAAUUGAAUGAAUGGAAGAAUGAACACCAAUGAGUAAUUCCUGCAAAUGUAUUUCUUGCUUAAAUGGACUGUUCUAUCCUGACUUUCCUCCAGAUUCACAAAACGCAUGCCGUUGGAACAAUGCGAACAAUAUUUACAGCAGGGAAAUCAUAACGUUGGCUGCCACUUCACCAGCCAUGUUAAGACCAUCAAACAAAACCUCCUCUAUGCCUAUGUUAUAGAUACCAAAAACCGAAUCAGAAUAAGACCACAGACUUUUAUGCUUGAAGAACAAGUGAAAAUGAGUCCACCACAAAACCUGAGAGCCGAACUUAUCGGGAAUGAGACACUUUUCUUGAUGUGGGAUGUACCAAAGGAAAAUGUUUUACACUAUUUUCACUAUGAGAUGGAAUACAGAAGUAACCUGAACUACAAAUGGCAGAGACAAUUAAUACCUGAUCGGUCAUUCUCCUUGCCAAAUGUUGAUCCUGCAAAGUGCUAUUUUUUCCGUCUAAGAUUCACAAUCCAUGAAAAUUAUGCGACCAGAGGCUACUGGAGUGAAUGGACGCCCGCUCUUAUUUGGAAAGGAAAGACUGCAGUAGGUGCUGAAUUUUGUUUCUUGAUCUUGUAAACACUGACCUAGAAAUUAAUUUUUGUU